AUGAAUAUUUCUACGUGUAAUAUAAUCUAUGUUGGCAAUAUUCAAUCGAUUGAUGAUAAUACAUUACGUGAAUAUUUUCAACGUUUCGGAGAAAUCGAAGCGUUGUUUCAUAAUUGUUCACGUGCAGUCGAUGAAUGGCUGAUUGAUUAUCGUUUUAUACGUUUUUCAUCGAAUACCGAUAUCAGUAUAUUUUUAACUAAUAAAAUCGAUCAUACAAUCGGUCGCAUUCGUCUUGAUAUUCACACGUAUGAUGUAGCAUUCAAUGAUGAAACACGUUUACUGUUAGAUAGAAAAAUAUGUAUUGCUCAUACAAAUCCUAAACUUGAUCGAAAUAUUAUUAAAAAGGCAUUUACUCGGUACGGACGCAUAUUGAAUUGUACAUGUGUAUCAUCUGGUAAUGGUGUCGAAUAUGUUUAUAUUGAAUUCGAUUCAAUUAAUUCAGUUCGAUCUGUUUUAUCGUCCAGUCAAAAUCAUUUUGUUGGUCGAACAUCACUUGCAGUAAAACAAGCAUUGCGACCAUCACAAAUCGGUGUCAACGUAGAAAAUAAUAAUAUGAAGCCGUUCAAAUAUUUGUAUCCUGAAUCAAGAAGUGAUACAGAACACCGAUUCUCUUCGAAUGCAUACUCAUCAAUGACUAAUACACCUCCUGUUCAAUGUUUAAACGUUUCACAAAAUGAGAAUUCAUUAGAAUCAAAUACUUUAGCUACAUCACCACAAUCAUUAAGCCAACAACAAUUAAAAGAUCUUGAAGAAGAAUGUGGUUUAAUUAUUCGAAAAGAUUUCGAUGAAAUAACCUAUCAAAUCGACAAAUAUCUUCAAAAACAACAGCAAACAUAUAAAAAAUUACGUUAA